UCUUUUAGUUUAGUUAAUUCAAGCCUCGAUCUAUAUAUACACAAAAUCUGCAAUUCGGCCAAUUGAAAAGGCAAUUUAAUACAAUAAAGCAACAACGCCGCGCAUGCUGUCUGUAUAGCCUACAAAAUUGAAGGCUUUAGUGAUAUCGAUUUUGGCAAUGACGACUUUAUAAACAGUGGUUUAUAUGGAUUAGAUUUGUUUAACUACAAAGUAUUCAAUCCUAAAUAACUAUAAACAAAUAACACAACAUGACCGAAGUUCGAAAGCGCCGGGAAUCUGACGGAAAAUUGUUAGAAUCCGCGGAAUCAGACCACAUUGACAGUGAAGAUGACAGAUUCAAAUCAGAUGCAGACCUCUCGAAUACCAUUCCAAGUGGUACCGAUAAAGCGCCAGGUGUCUUGGAAUGGUUGGUCAAAGAUCUUCCAGACAAAUGGCGCAACUGGGCCGUUCGAGCCAUUUUCAGUCUGAUAAUGAUUAUCUUCUUUUCUCUUGUGAUAUAUGGGGGUCCUUUGGCUUUGAUGAUUACAACGCUGGUAGUUCAAGUGAAGUGUUUCCAAGAAAUUAUCAACAUUGGAUAUGCGGUUUAUAUGAUUCACGGACUUCCAUGGUUUCGAUCUCUUUCCUGGUAUUUUCUACUUACCUCGAAUUACUUCUUUUAUGGAGAAAGUCUGAUAGAUUAUUUUGGAGUUCUCAUUAACAGAACUGAUGGCCUGCCAUUUUUGGUGGCAUAUCACCGGUUUAUCUCAUUCAGUCUGUACUGCGUGGGCUUUGUAUGGUUUGUACUUUCUCUAGUCAAGAAAUACUACAUGAAACAGUUCUCGUUGUUUGCGUGGACGCAUCUUGCCCUGUUUAUUGUGGUCACGCAAUCAUACCUGAUAAUCAAAAAUAUCUUUGACGGUUUGAUUUGGUUCAUAGUACCCGUAUCAAUGAUAAUAUGCAAUGAUAUCAUGGCAUAUGUAUUUGGAUUCUUCUUCGGAAAAACUCCAUUGAUUAAGCUGUCUCCCAAGAAAACGUGGGAAGGAUUUAUUGGCGGCGGAGUUUCGACUGUGUUCUUUGGUUUAGGGAUAUCAUAUGUGAUGUGCCAGUACCCUUAUUUCGUCUGCCCCAUAGAAUAUAGUGAGGCGUUGGGUCGAAUAACUAUGGAGUGUGAACCUAGUUCACUUUUCAGACUACAGGCGUACAACGUGCCCACAUGGAUGAAAUGGUUGAACAUGUUUGGUGUUGGAAGCACCGUUCAUCUCUACCCUUUUAUGCUGCAUUCCCUAUCGCUAUCUCUAUUUAGCAGUAUUAUUGGCCCAUUUGGUGGGUUCUUUGCGUCGGGAUUUAAGAGAGCAUUUAAAAUUAAGGACUUUGGAGAUGUGAUUCCUGGUCAUGGUGGUAUUAUGGAUCGUUUCGAUUGUCAAUUUCUCAUGGCAACAUUCGUCAACGUCUAUAUUAGCAGUUUUAUUCAAACUGAUAGCCCUCAAAAGCUAUUAUCGCAGAUUCUCUACCUAAAACCCGAACAGCAGCUGCAACUCUUCUACUUGCUAGAAGAUUCGCUCCAAAAUAGAAACAUGUUCAAUGCUGCUAAUUAAAUAGGCUUUAAUUAUUCUUAUAUUUUAUAGUGGAUUCCAAAGGUGUAUUUAUUUUUGUGCCAUGUAUAUAUAUAUUUUUUACAUUUAUGAGUAUUAUUGAGAUCAACGUUAUAUUAUGUAAAGCUAUGUUUUUGCAUCUUAUUUACAUGAUAAUAGAUGUUCUGGACUUGAGGUUGUCAAAUUAACAUUUUAAGGUAAGCUAAAGCUUCUAAUAUUUACUUGUUGGUACUUACAUUUAAUUAUAAUGCAACCUUUGAUAUAAUGAAUAUGAAGUCGGUACAAGUUUCAGGUAUCGAUACAUUAUUGGAUUUGAAAAAGUAAGCUCGAAUUUUUAUUACUUUGCUUCAAUUUUCCAAAGGAAUGUCCAAUAAUCGCUCGAUAGCAGAGACUACUAAUCUCUGUCGAUAGUGGCAUGAUUACCGAAACAUUCAUCUGCUUUUUAACUAAGUUAAUAGAAACAUUUUAAUUCAAUUCAGUGUUUAGGUAUUUGGCUUGUUCUGGAUUAGUUACAUUGUGCUGGGAGCACAGUAGUUUAUUGUCCGUUUAUGUCUUAUUUUUAACAUGUCUUAACAUUUUGAAAACUGUACUAUAGUACUAAUAACAGUAGAUUAUAAACCAUAUGAGAAAACCAAAAAAGAACAAAGCGAGAAAAAUAUUUUUUCUCGUUUUGUUCCAUUUACCAUUCUUUUACACAUGUAGAUGUAAAAUAUCCAUAUUGUUGUGUCUUAAUUAAUAAUGUCAAUUUACUUGUCUGACUGCUUAUAGUAAAUUCAAUAAUAAUAAUUAAUUAUCAUGAGUCAUUUUCUCAACGUAAAAUCAGUAUUUUCAGUUCGCUCCGAUUUUAUGUGAAUAUUUUAGUAACUAGGGCAUAUACUUCAUUAUCUGGCAAUUAUAAUAAAACCAAUUUUAGUGUAAAAAUAAAUAAUUAAUCUCUAGUAUACUGCUAGACUCACACACA